CCUUGAAUUUGGUAUACAAAGUCUUGGAUUUUAUUAAAAUGGUCUUAUAUUUUUUGCCUUUAUUAAUAUUAAGUUCAUACUGUUAUAAAAUUAACUGUUACUAAUGUAGUCUAAUAAAAAAUGUAUGCAGCGUAAAGUGGACCUCGCGCUCCACGUCAUAGCAGAAAGCGCGAAAGUGCGCAGCCGACAGCCGUUACUAUGGUUACUAGACUAGCGAGGUAAAGAACAAGAUUGUAGCUAGCCUAGUUUGCUGCUAAAAUGGGAAAGUGUCGGUUUAAUCCGCUGUGGCCAAGGAAUCCGGAUUACGUUUGGGUCAAGCCUGUGCCAGGAAAUGACCGCGAAGCAUAUUGCUGUUGGUGCCGGAAAUCUUUUAAGCUGGCAAGAUGGGUGUUACGGCCCUAGACUCCCAUAUGAAGGGUGCCAAACACACCGCGUGUAGUACUGCUCGCCAGCGCCAGGCACCAAUUGUGCAGUUCUGUGCCCCGCAAACCUCUUCUUCGGUUACUGAAACAACUGUGGUUAUCAAUAAUGAAAAUGUUUCUACAUUAGAAGCAUUGCCACCACAGCCAAGGAACAUCGUAUCUUACUGUGGCUCGACACCCACACUGCGGGCAGAGGUGAUGUGGGUCCUUAAAACAAUCUCUGAGCACCACUCUUAUACAUCGAAUGAGAACAUUGCAGAGAUGUUUAAAACCAUGUUUCCUGACUCCGAGGUUGCCGCUACAUUUUCGUGUGGAAGCAACAAAACUGCAUAUAUUACUAAAUUCGGGUUGGCUCCCUUUAUAACUAAAGAACUGACUGACCAGGUCAAUAUGACCAGCGGGUUUGUGGUCAUGUUUGACGAGAGUCUCAAUAAGAUAACUAAAAGUAAGCAGUUGGACCUUCAUAUUCGUUACUGGGUGGACGACCACGUACAGUCACGGUACUUCGGCUCGCAGUUUAUGGGUCAUGCAACGGCGGUGGACCUGCUCAAACAUUUCAAAGUAAGUUUUUAUUCUGAAUUUUAAAAAUGUUGUUUUUUUAUUUAUUUAUUUGUUUAAAUAAUAUAUGAUAUGUUCUAUAAUAUCAUAAUUGCAAAUGUUACAUUGAAUGUAUAGUUUAAUAAACAAGUAGCCUAUAGUUAAUAUGUAGUCACUUACAAUUUAGACACAAUAUCGGUUUAUUUCACCGAUGAAAGAAAAGCAAUUUCUUAAGUUCUGUGUUUUGUUUUUGAAUGAUUCAGCAUUUUGAACGAAUUUUAACGAAUGACUCAAUGAUUCAUUUAUUAGAAGGUCACUUGUCGCCACCUGUUGGUUUUAAUAUUGUUUUUUUAUAUUAUUUGUUUAAACAUAAAAUGUUUAAAAAUUUUCUUUAUACAUGUAAAUAACGACCUGAUGUAAAAAUCACAAUUAAGCAGAUUUAAGUAUGUAAAAGCUGAUGAGAAUAUUGCUUCAAAAUAAAUUGUAGUUAUUUGUGACAGACAUUGUUUAACACUUUCACCGCCAUUGGCAUGUUAUCUCUUCAAUAACGAGUUAAUAUUUAACUAAUAAAGACGCUUUCCUGACAAGUUUUUACGGGAAGUUGUAAUACCGCUUUUAUGCACCAGAAUGCUUAAUUUACGUUUAAAUCAUAACAAUUGUCUCAUGGGGGAUAAUGCCCCAGUACCCCCUAGAACAAAUUACUUUGUUAACAUGUCACAUGUUGUAACCAGAGUUGGUCUAUUAUGUAGGCUAUAUAAUAUGUGUUUGUUUAAAAUUUGCUUUUUGUCUUUUAGGAGUGUGUAUGUGACCUUGACUUGAGGAAGAUGGUCUCUGUGUCUAUGGAUGGACCCAAUGUUAAUUGGCGUUUUUUUGAGAUGCUGCAGCAGGAGCAUGCAGAGCAUUUUGGGGGUGCUCAGCUGGCAGUGGUGGGGAGUUGUGGCCUGCAUACUCUCCAUAAUGCUGUCAAAUGUGGAUUCACCGACUGGCAUAUGGAGAAGUUCCUAAGAGCUCUGCAUACAAUUUUCCACAAUGUACCAGCAAGAAGGGAGGAUUUCUGUAAUCUCACAAAGUCCAAAAUUUUUGCUUUGCCUUUUUGUGGUCAUCGCUGGGUCGAGAAUCUCCCUGUGGUGGAGAGGGCCCUUGUCAUCUGGCCAGACAUGAUGAAGUAUGUUGAGGCUGUCAGCAACAAAAAGCUUCCCAACCCUGGGACAUCCUCCUAUGAUACCAUUGAGGCGGCAACCAAAGACCCUCUCAUUCUGGCAAAGCUUCACUUUUUCAUGGCAGUGUGUCGAAGUGUAACACCUUUCCUCACCAGAUACCAGACUGAUGAGCCUGUGCUGCCUUUCAUUGGUAAUGACUUGGCUGAACUGCUGAAGAGUUUGCUGAGGCGAUUCAUUAAACAAGAACUUCUCAAUGAUGCCACACCUCAGCAUUUGGUCCGGCUUGAUGUUAGUGACUUGCAGUCCAGGGUUCAUCUAAGGGCUGUUGAUAUUGGCAUUGGAGCUGAGGCUGCAAUAAAGGAACGUAAGCAGCAGAGUAGAUCCACAGAGGAGCUUUCUGUCCUCCAGUUCAGAAAGGAAUGCAUGGAGGGUCUGUCCAAAAUUGUGAAGAAGAUUCAAGAGAAGAGCCCUUUGAAAUUCCCAACUGUAAGACAAAUGACUUGUCUUAACCCAACCGUGAUGUAUUCAGAUCCAGAAUUGUGUCAGGGCCAGAUGAAGUGUCUAGUCAAAAGGUUUCUUCAGGACAAGCAGUUAGAUGGAGUUGCUACAGGUGAUCUGAUCAUUCAGCAAUUUUCACAAUUGUUGGCUCUGGAGGUGAGGAAUGAAAAUUUCUUGUCUUUCAAGCCCCUCGAGAAGAGGCUGGAUGUGUUUCUCCAUUCAUAUAUAAGUCAGCCCUACCCACAACUCUGGGCUUUCAUCAAAAACCUUCUGCUCCUCUCCCAUGGGCAGGCUACGGUGGAGAGGGGCUUCUCUAUCAAUAAACAAGUAGAAACUUGUAAUAUCCAAGAGGACACUGUCAUUGCACAAAGAGUUGUGUGCGAUUACGUGUCCAUGCAUGGGGGUGUUACCAAGGUGCCCCUUACACCAGAGCUCCUAUCUUCAGUCACAUCAGCAAGGGUGAGGUACAGGAUGCAUCUUGAAAGUGAACGAAAGAAAAAAGAAUCUCAAGCACAUAGUCAAAGAAGAAUGGUGAUUGAACAGGAAUUGGAGCAGCUUAAAAAGACAAGACAGACCAUCCAGGAAGUUGCGGAGCAUCUGAGGAGUGAUGCAGACAAGAUGGCAGAAGAGGCUGAGGGCAAACAAGGCAGCAAAAUGGCAGAGCUAAUUGCCAAGUCAAAUGCGUUGAGAAGAAGCCACAAGCAGAAGUUGACACAACUUGAGAGCCUGAGCGAAAAAAUUGCAAACAAGGCAGCAGAGCUGCGAAGGCUGUAGUGUUUAAUAAGUUAAAAUCUAUUUGUUUAUUUUUGUUUAUUACAAAUCAAAUGUGUUACGCUGUUGCGUAUGUAUUAAAUAUAACAGAUAAUUUAAAUAAAAUGUUUUAUUUAAUUCAGCCCACUUGUACAUAAUUAUUUUCUAGCGUUCAAAAUGAAUACAGAUUUGACAUUUUCGCUCAUACUUCUGUCAGAAUGGGAACGGAGUUGGCAUUGAAUUUCAUUUGAAAUGGUAUUAAAAAGGUCUUAAAAAGCCUUGAA